AGAGGAUCAACUUCUUCUUGAUCCCAUGGCUGUCUUUCUCCCGUGCUCCCUAUUUAAGCUGUGAAAGCCUCAAAUAGAAAAUUAAACCCAAUAGAUGAAAUGCGCAACACAAAGAGCUAAAAUAAUGAAAUCCUAGUGAAAAUCAGUAAAGGAAGGAAACUCUUUGUAGGCUUGGUCUUGCUCGGUCCUCAGUUUAUCAUCAGCUUACAAUACAGGAGGAUUCGUUUUGCGGGAUUCUGCGCUACUGCUUUAAGUUUUGGAGGGAAAGAAAAGAUCACGUGAGGUGUCCGUGGGUUUUUUCUCGAAAAAAAAAACUGACGGAAGUUCGGUCUUGGACCGUAAGUGCGUCACUUUGUCAAAGAAUGUGGACUAGUAAGAUGAAUUCUCCAAAGAUAAUGGACUAUUUUGCACUUUAUCUCAAAAACUCACAUCAUCCACCUUGUAUUACGAUAUCUCGUAGGAGAAUGUCUCAAAAACACAAUCCAAACCCGACUUACGACGUGAUAAUCUUAGGAGCCUCGGGUUUUACAGGCAAACACGUCAUUAGAGAAGCUCUCAAAUUCCUCAACGUUCCCUCUUCCCCCUUAAAAAGCUUAGCUAUAGCAGGCCGGAACAGUUCCAAACUUUCCCAUGCACUCCAAUGGGCCUCCCGUUCAAAUCCACAACCCCAAAUUCCAAUCCUCACCGCCGACACAACCGACCCAUCUUCUCUCCGCAACCUCGCUUCUCAGGCUAAGAUCAUUCUCAACUGUGUCGGCCCGUUUCGUCUUUACGGUGAGCCCGUUGUUAAGGCCUGUGCUGAUUCGGGUUGCGAUUACUUGGAUAUUUGUGGAGAGCCCGAGUUUAUGGAGAGGAUGGAAAUGAAGUACCAUGAUAAGGCUGUAGAAAUGGGCUCUUUAAUUGUUUCGGCCUGUGGUUUUGAUUCUAUUCCUGCUGAAUUAGGCUGGAUGUUCAAUUCGAGACAGUGGCUACCGCCGGCAAUUUGCAAUCGAAUUGAGGGCUACAUUAGUCUAGAAUCGGACAAGAGAAUUGUUGGAAACUUAGGGACGUACGAGUCAGCGGUGCUUAGUGUGGCUAAUGCGGACAAGUUACAGGAACUAAGGCGCUCCAGACCUAAGAGGCCUCGUCCUGUGAUUUCUGGUCCUCCCCCUCCUAAAGGUCCAAAGGUGCACCACCUUAAGGAAAUUGGGCUUUGGUCUGUAAAGUUACCAUCAGCGGAUGCAACUAUAGUGCGGAGAACACUUUCAUGUUUGGAUGAAAAUCCUCGUGGUUUACCUGGUGUUAAUGAAAACACCGAACAGGUUGAGAGGAGGGAGGCAUUUUGGUCUAGCAUAAAGCCAGCUCACUUUGGUAUGAAGAUAGCUUCGAAAUCUCUGAUAGGUGUUGUUCGUUUCAUUAUAGUUGGCUGGUUCAUUGGUCACUUUGGUAAAACUGGUAUCGGCAGAUGGCUGCUCUUGAAUUUCCCUUCAGUGUUCAGUCUUGGAUAUUUCAGGAAAAAAGGUCCAACUGAAGAUGAAGUAGCAAGUGCUAAUUUUAAGAUGUGGUUUGUUGGACACGGGUAUAGUGAUGGCAAUCUUGCAUCACAAGGAAACAAGAAACCUGAUACGGAGAUAAUUACAAGAGUAAUGGGACCUGAGAUUGGUUAUUCGACAACUCCGAUCAUUCUAGUCCAGUGUGCCCUCGUUUUGCUCAAGGAACGAGACAAUCUUCCAAAGGGAGGUGUUUUCCCUCCUGGGAUUGUGUUUGGCCCGACAGACCUCCAAGAUAGGCUUCAACAGAAUGGAAUAUUUUUUGAUGUUAUUUCGAAGAAAACUAUAAACUAAAUGGUAGUUCAGUGCAGUUUUAGUCAUAAUGCCAUAUGGAAAAUUCGAAUUUAUGCCACAGUUAUAAUGAUUCUGUUAAUUCCUUCUGUG